AAUCUGCAAUUGAUAAUGGAAAAACUUUAUAUAAUUUCAAUCAGAAAUUCAUAAAAUUUUGUUAAUAAAGGUAAUAGAGAUAAUAGAAAUAUACAAAAAGAGUGUAGGGUGGAAUACAACAAGAUAUAUUUUAAAGAAAAUCUAGAUAUUUAACCUACAUUAGACAUACAGAUGAAAAAAUUGUCAAGGUAAUUAUCCUUAAGAGAAUAAUGAAAAGAAUAAUUGGAAAUCAAAAAUGAAUUAAUUGGAAAACAUAUUAAAAAAUCAGGAAUAAAAGAAAUAUUUAACUGCGGAAGCUUUAAAUCAUGGAUUAAAGAAAUUAUAUUACAACCCCACUACAUAUAUGAAAAUUUAUAUAAUUUGCAGCUGAAUCUAUGAUUGCCAUUAAAUGAAAUUUCCAGAAAUUCUUCAUUGCCAGUUUAAUCGAAGUGAUAAACUGUGAUGAAAAAAAUGGAAGGGACAAAAUUGAUGUGAAAAAGAAGAUCUUAGAUUAUAAAUAUAUCCUUAUGUUGACUGGUACACAGUAUGUGAAAGUCGUUGAUAGUGGAGUGAAAUUGUAAUUUGAACUUGAUACUUGAACUAAGAAUUACGAUGUGGAUAUACCAGGCAGUACUAUUAGCAGUAAUUUUUUUAUCAAGAGUAAAUCCACAUCCGAAUCCAACUGGACUUGAAAAUUACGCCCCAGGUCACGACCAUUACACACCCACAGACUACAACUUCAGUUAUGGAGUAAGAGACUACCAUACAGGGGAUAUCAAGCACCAAUGGGAAAAGAAAAAUGGCGACAAAGUGAUCGGUCAGUAUUCUCUAGUCGAACCCGAUGGAUCAAUCAGAACAGUGGACUAUACUGCAGAUGACCAUAGUGGUUUCAAUGCGGUUGUUAAACAUACGGGUUCUUUUAAACAUCUGGUAUCACAUCAUCCUCAAACAAAAGAUGAACCUACCAGCCACAACGAAGUUAUUUUGAAACAAAAUUUAGGAGAACAUCAAUCUUUGUAUGGAAUCGCUAACAAUAUUCCACAAUAUACAUUGCAGUAUAAACAGAGCUUGUCAGAAGAAGAAGAAGAAGAAGACGCACUGACUCACGCAGCACAUUAUCAAACAGUAGAAGAAAAUACGAAUCAAAACUAUGUUUAUGUUAAUCAAGAAGAAGUAGCAGAUGAGUCACAACAUUCAGUGAUUAAAUCUGAGCACAAGUAUAAGCCACGGAAACCGGAUACAAUAAGAUCUCAAUCGAUAAUCGAAAAGGAAUACGGGAAGAUCAAGUUAGCUCCACACCUACCUAUAGAUUUGAGUCUAAUAAAGGGACAUCCAGUAGAACCCGUUGAUAUUAGAGUUGUUAAUCCUGUAGAAAUCAAUUUGAACGAACAAGAACACAAUAUUAGACCUUCAACGAAAGAUACAUCACUGCAACCUUCACACGAAUUAUCUGAAGACGAAAUUCGGAACUAUCUUGAAAGUUUCUAUAGACAUAGUAACUUACUACUUAGCGAACCUCACGUAGAAGGCGGCUUCAAACCAAUAAGAAAUAAAUCGAAACAAUCCAUAACUCAACCCAAUAUACCAGGAACGUACACAUCUGAUAAGAAAACAAAGAAAACUCCUGGUUUGAGCAGUUAUUCCUCUAAAGGUGCUCAUAGAAAUACCAGACGAAGUCCGAAGGUUCACCCAAAAACAAUGUCUCGAAUGCCGCAAUUCCAUUACUAUGUUCCUGCUGAUGAAACGGUUACUGAUGAUGAAAGACACAAUACUCAAGUUACAAGGUUAUAUAAGUCGUUACCAAAACAUGGUUUCGUUCGAUAUGCCAGACAUUUGAAUCAUCCAAUCUAAAUAAUACAUUUUUGUGUACUUUUAAUGAAACAAUCAUUUCCAAACUUUAUUGAAAUGCAAAGCACCAAUUAGAAAGUAUACUGAAGAAUUAAAAAUAGUUAUAUGUGGAAUUGUUUAGGGUUCAAAAACGUUAACUAGGUCCCUUGUCUUGUUCAAUAGUCCAGUCAAACUUGAUUAUAUAUUAUUUUAAUUCAACUCAAGUCGUCUUUAUCGGCUUCAUUAUCUUUAUAUUCACCACUGUCGUUUUCUUUAUUGUUUAUAUUAUAUAUUUGACGAUUUUGAGAUUAAAAUAUGAGUUUGGUAAUGAUUUGUUUCAUAAAAAUUGACCUGUUAAUUUUAGUGUUGAGUAAUUUCAACUCGAAACCUUUGUGCAAUAUUAUUAUUAAGUUUUCUCUAUAGUACAAUGUGAAUGAAAACAUACAGGACCAAAAAGGACAUGAGGGAAUAUUUUCAUCUAAUUUUAUAUGUUGCAUCAUACAAUUUUUAUUAAAUAUUUAUAGAAGGAUUAUUGGUUCCGUUUCUUUUUCUUUUAUUAUUGUUUCUCAAUCACCCUUCUACUCACAGUUUUCUUGAAAUUUUGCAUUUUUUUGUUUUUAUCUUGAUUUUCAUGUUCUCAAAAUAUCGAUCAGAUUUAUGCGUAUUACUAUUCAAUUCCUGAUAGAUUUUUCAAAAAACUUCUGAGUUUUUCUACGAUUUCAAAUAUUCUAAACUUAUUUUCAAUAAUAUUGUAUAUUCUUUAUAAUGGAAUAUUAGUUAUCCUUAUUCGGGAGCUGUAUAUUUUCAAUCAUACCUACAGUUAUUUUAUCCUUUAAAAUAUUUUAUUUAUUUAACUAUUCGAAUAGAUCUAAUAUCUACUUUAAGUCCAUUAAAAUGUUACUUUACCGAUGUGUAGGGCAGAUUAAGGAAAGCAUAACCUCAAGUUUGUGGGGUUCCACCCCUUAUCCCCCGGUCGCCAGCUUAAAUAAAGGGGGUGAAUAGCUAUUUUUGACGAUAUUUCGCGAACUAUUGUCUCUAUGAAAAAUACGUCAAGACAUAAAUUGUGGUAAAUCUCUUUGCCUACAAUUUUGUUUAUGACAUUUUUUUGCCUCUCACCUCGAAUUUAAAAAGUUAUGAGCAGAAAAGUGCUAAAAUUUCGUCAACAGUUUCUUUUUUCGCUCAAUAACUUUUUAUUUUUUAAUUUUUAUUUAUUAUUUUUAACAGGUAGUGGGAUCCAAAAAAUCCACAUAAAAAAUUAAUCCUCAAAGAACGAUCUAAAAUAUUAUUCUGGGGUAAUUUUAUUGAAAAAUGAAAAAAAAAGAAAUUUUUGCAAUUUUUUGCUUUUAACUUUUUAAAUUCGCGAUUAAUGGCAAAGCGUGUCAUAAAAAAAUUGUAGGCAAAGCAAUUUGGCACAAUUUAUGUCUUUACAAAUUUUUUGUAGAGUCAAUAGUUCGAAAAAUAUGGUCAAAAAUAGAAAAACUCAAGGUCGAUUGUAACAUUUCAAUGGACUAUUCAUUUUCCAUUAUUAUUCAUACAUUUUGAUAAGGUUUUGUCUAAAUGAUUGUUGAUUCUACCCUUUCCAUUAUCCACUCAUCAAGAGGUACAGAGAUUUGACUUAUAUUGAUAAAACAUACAUUCAAAAUAACAACUUUGGUAAUUCUAUCAUUAUUCUUUGCUAACUGGUUAAUUAUUCCACUGUCCAGUUUCUUUUUUAUGAUCCAAAGUCUGUUAUUUCUUAUAUCCUUAUUUAUUAUUGUAUACAACUUGGUUUAUUAUCUAACUUUCCAGUAUAUUUUUGUAAUUUAAAGUUUUUUUCUAUAUUCUUAUAAUAUUUUGCAUUUUUUGCAUAUAUUGACUAAUUUCUCUAUAACCCAUGUACAUAUUUUUUUGUAAAUGUAUGUUAUUACGAAUAAAUUAUUGUUUAUAAAUA